GGCAGAAAGCAGCUAUCCGUUUACACUACUUUGCUCUAGCAGCUAUCUUAAUGAUUGCAAGUGCGGCGGACAUCAAGCAGGAGAAUGGGAUGGAAAGCGCCUCGGAAGGACAGGAGGCGCACCGAGAAGUGGCGGGGGGCGCGGCGGCUGGGCUGAGCCCCCCGGCUCCAGCUCCUUUCCCCCUGGAGCCGGGGGACGCCGCGGCUGCCUCCAGGGUAAGCCGGGAGGAAGGGGCAGCGGCGGCGGGAGCGGCAGAUCAGGUACAACUCCACUCGGAACUUCUGGGCAGGCACCAGCACGCAGCCGCCGCGCAGCCCCCGCUGGCCUUCUCGCCGGACCAUGUCGCCUGCGUGUGCGAGGCUUUGCAGCAGGGGGGCAACCUGGACCGCCUGGCCCGGUUUCUUUGGUCCCUGCCCCAGAGCGAUCUGCUACGUGGCAACGAGAGCCUUCUGAAGGCGCGAGCGCUCGUGGCCUUCCACCAGGGCAUCUACCCUGAGUUGUACAGCAUCCUCGAGAGCCACAGCUUCGAGUCGGCCAACCAUCCGCUGCUGCAGCAGCUCUGGUACAAGGCGCGCUACACCGAGGCCGAGCGAGCGCGCGGCCGGCCGCUGGGCGCCGUGGACAAGUACCGGCUGCGCAGGAAAUUCCCCUUGCCCCGCACCAUCUGGGACGGCGAGGAGACGGUGUAUUGUUUCAAGGAGAAGUCGCGCAACGCGCUCAAGGAGCUCUACAAGCAGAAUCGCUACCCCUCGCCGGCUGAGAAGCGGCACCUGGCCAAGAUCACCGGCCUCUCCCUCACCCAGGUCAGCAACUGGUUCAAGAACCGGCGGCAGCGUGACCGAAACCCCUCCGAGACCCAGUCCAAAAGCGAAUCAGAUGGCAACCCCAGCACUGAGGAUGAAUCCAGCAAGGGACAUGAGGAUUUGUCUCCUCAUCCACUUUCAGGCACAUCUGAUGGCGUCACCAACCUCAGCCUCUCUAGCCACGUGGAGCCAGUAUAUAUGCAACAAAUUGGAAAUGCUAAGAUAUCACUAAGCUCGUCUGGAGUUUUGUUGAAUGGAAGCUUAGUACCUGCAAGUACUUCACCUGUCUUCCUUAAUGGCAAUUCUUUUAUUCAGGGACACAAUGGAGUUAUCCUUAAUGGACUGAAUGUGGGAAAUACACAGACAGUGUCACUGAACCCACCCAAAAUGUCUUCAAACAUUGUGGGCAAUGGCAUAGCCAUGACAGACAUCCUGGGAUCUACCUCCCAGGAUGUGAAAGAAUUCAAAGUCCUCCAGAGUUCUGCUGUGAACUCAGCAGCCACCACCUCCUACAGCCCUAGUGCCCCUGUGUCAUUCCCAGGGCUGAUACCCUGCACUGAAGUAAAAAGAGAAGGCAUUCAGACAGUGGCCUCCCAGGACGGUGGCUCUGUGGUGACUUUUACUACACCCGUGCAAAUUAACCAGUAUGGCAUUGUCCAGAUCCCUAAUUCUGGAGCCAACGGCCAGUUCCUUAAUGGGAGCAUUGGAUUCUCUCCACUGCAGCUGCCUCCUGUCUCAGUAGCAGCUUCACAAGGUAAUCUUUCAGUUACCCCAAGCACUUCGGACGGAAGCACAUUUACAAGUGAGCCAGCCACAGUCCAGCACGGUAAACUUUUCCUAAGCCCUCUUACCCCCAGUGCAGUGGUAUACACCGUUCCUAAUUCAGGCCAGACUGUAGGAGCUGUGAAACAGGAAGGCUUAGAAAGAGGCCUGGUCUUUUCUCAGUUGAUGCCUGUCAAUCACAGUGCACAAGUAAAUGCAAGCCUGUCUUCGGAAAAUCUCUCUGGGAGUGGCCUCCAUCCACUGACCUCGUCGUUGGUUAAUGUGUCCGCUGCCCACGGUUUUUCCCUGACCCCCCCUACACUACUUAAUCCCGCUGAGCUCAACCCUGACCUUGCCGAGAGCCAGCCUGUGUCUGCACCUGUGGCAAGCAAAUGUACUGUGUCAUCUGUCAGCAACAGUAACUAUGCAACCCUUCAGAACUGUUCCCUUAUUCCGGGUCAAGACCUAUUGUCCGGCCCGAUGACCCAGGCUGCCCUGGGUGAGAUCGUACCCACAGCUGAAGAGCAGGUGAGCCACGCCUCGACAGCAGUCCACCAGGAUUUUGUCAGAGAACAGCGCUUGGUUCUGCAGUCAGUCCCUAACAUAAAAGAGAAUUUCAUACAAAAUUCUGAGAACAAAGCAACAAACAACUUAAUGAUGUUAGACUCGAAAUCCAAGUACGUCCUGGACGGCAUGGUUGAAGCCGGCUGUGAAGACCUAGGAACGGACAAAAAAGAGCUGGCCAAGCUCCAAACCGUCCAGUUGGAUGAAGACAUGCAAGACUUAUAAGCCCGAUUCACUCCACAUCCCUCCUUCUCUGCGUUAACAGGAGCAAAUCCUUUUCUUUGCGAAGCCCGGAGGAUGGAGAGCUUCUAUUCAUUUAGAGAAAAACACUGUACUUCUGCAAGCAAGCGCAUCUGGCUUGGGCUGCAUGAAGAGCGUAGUUAAAUACACAGAGUGGACCUGCACUGCCGAAGCCCCUCUGGUCACAUCGUGCUCGCUUUGAAACAGAUGGGGCGAGGCAACAAGUGAAUGCAUCCAUCAAACCAUCGUCUAUCAUUUAGUCAGCAGUAUAACUCCACAGGCGAAAUGGAAGGUGACAGUAUUUCAGAUUUAAAAUGUAUACACCUAAUUUAGGAGAUUAAAUAAUAGCUCCAGGCUCUUGGAAGCAAUGCAGUUGGUUUUUUGUUUGUUUGUUUGUUUGUUUACUUUUACUCCAUGGGCAUUGAGAUGGUUAAGAAACAAUGGUACUCUAGACUAUCAUAAGGGUAUAUUUUUCAAAUUAUGUAGCUUGUAUGUGUGUGUGUGUGUGUGUGUGUGUGUGUGUGUGUACAUACACACAUUCAUCAUUUUCAGCAUUUGGGGGAAGGCUUGGUUUUAAGUCUCUACGUGUUUCCAAAUGUGAUUGCUAAUAGUUAAACGUGGCCGAGAAAGUUUGAAACGCCACUAAACUCUGACACAACUUGGGUACGAAUGUAAAUACAGGUCUCUAAGCAAGAUCUGAGUAAGUACAGUGAGUUUUUAUUUAUACCUUGUAUGUCUCUCUUCAGGCUCUGUGAACUGAAAAGAAAAUGUCUUCUUACUGUUUAAUUUAUAUUUAUUGUUUGAGCGGGAAUAGGACAUCUUUGUUUCCAACCAAGUUUUUUUUUUUUUUUUUUUUUUUUGUAAUUUUUAUCAAGAGUCUAUUGAGGUCAAUGUUAAUUAACACUGAAACAGGAAAUGUUAACCCCCAGUACUGGAACUUUGUCACUUCUCGUCACAUCUUUCUUACUUUAGCAACUUUGAUUCAUUUAAAUAUGUUUUCUAUAGACUCCUAUGUGCCUUUUUACCUUGUGGCCUUUUUAUUACUAGUCAGGUACAGAAGCGUCAACAGCAGUGUUGAUGGUUCUUGUGUACCGUCAAACAGGGUUAAGUUUACCACAGAACCCCUGCAUAAGGCAGGACUUCCAUUUCACUAAAUAUCAUGUGGAAGGGUUGCCAUGCACAUGGAUAGACAGAUAUUGUCGAUGCUUUUCAUUAUAAUGAAAGUAGAAAAGUAUAGAAAGACCAUGAAACAGCAGUUCUGCAGGCUAUGAAAACAACCUUUUUUUUUUUUUUUAAAUUCUGUUUUGGUUUUAGUUUUUUUUUGAGUAACAGAGAAACUGUUACUGACCAUUCUGGAACUCACUCUGUAGACCAGGCUGGCCUUGAACUCACAGAGAUUCACCUGCCUGCCUCCCAAGUACUGGGAUUCAAGACAUGGGCCACCACUACCCAGCUUGACAACAACCAUUUUAAAAUAAAAAAUAUAUAUGUAAAUUGUACUAAAAAUCUGUUCAACUGAAGCUCAUUUCCAGUGUUUUGAAUUGGUCGGUAUACAUGACUGUUGCCUGUCGUAUUUAAUGAAACAAAUCCUUCCGGUUUCUGUAGGAAAUUUUGUUUAAAAUUUGAGUAGGACUCUGCAUCUAUGAUAUAACAAUGCAAUGCCUUUAUGCUGUUAGUCCAGGGCAUCUCUGAUUUCAGAGAGAAGGCGACUUUUUCUAAGGUGACUUCUCAGUUGCUAAGCACAAAGAUAGCACCACUCCUUGGCUUUGUUAAGGUGGUGGAAGGGUUUCUAACUUGGUUUCUAACUAACAUACUCAUCAGCUGAGCCUGCAGAGUAAGGGUCACUGAGGAUUUAGCAUUUGUUGUUACUACAAAGGGAACUUUCAGUCAAGAUUAAGAGCUCUAUGAAGAAUUCUGUGCCCAUCAUUUUGAUAAAGAACCUAAAUCCCAUUUUUGUGAAAUUGGUGAAUGUCCCUCAAUUGCUGAAAUAUGCAAUUUGGGCCAGAGGUUGUUGUUUGUUUGUUUUGGAUGUUCUUGUUUUUAUUUUCACGAAGCCAGUUGCUUCAGUGUGGUUUUCCACUCUGACACUACUUACACAGCUUGGCUGCCCCCGUCUCCCAGUUAUUUACUGAUCAUAUUAAUGUGAUUAGCAUCCUGGUCUUGUAGUAUAGUUUACAUAAAAAAAUGUUAUUUUUUACUAGAUUGCUGCAGAUAACAAGAGACAUUAUUUUAAAAUACCUGUCUGGUAAGGGAAGUGGGAAAGUCAAAAGGUUCUAUAAGGCGGGUAUGUGUGGGUGUCUGCGUGCGUGUGAUGGAAAACUCCCAUAUGUCUGACAAAAGUAUCUUUUUUAUUCUGAGUUCUUCCUCCUUUUCUCCUUAUGAGAAAGAAAAGAUAGCACAAAACUAAGUACUUAUCUAGGAAAUGUAUUCGUAUUCCAACAUGAUGAGCUUCUAGCCCUACAAACACCCCAGUUAUCUAUACAAUCCACCCGGUAAGAAUCAGUGCUCAUUAUGAGAACUUACUGUUCUAGUCUAUUCUUUCAGUAAAAUAAGGGCCAGUUGAUAUGCAGCCCAGGUAUGUGUGAAUGGAAUAUGGUAAACCCCGUGAUCUCCUUGCACAGAAUUGCAAAUGACUUUUUUCCCCAACACCAAGGGCCAGCCUCAGAGCCCUUGGAGUUCACGUGGCAGAAUAUCCUUCUUACAUAAACCAAUGCUUGAAGAUGCUGCAAAAGACCCUCUAGUGAUUCCUGAUAAGGAAUCAGAAUAGAGGUAAAUAACCCCCUUUAAAUCCAACCCCUGCUGCUGGCUGUGGGGUUUUCUGGUGCCAGCCUAUCUAUGCACUCUAUAGCCAGAAUUGGCACUCAGCUCUUAGUUACGUCUAGUAGAGAGAAUGGUCUCUAGCAUUCAAAGGAGGUUCAUUCCCUCACACCCCCCCCCCCCGAAAACAAACAAAGGCCCCUGUGUUGUACUGCAUAAAUAUCUCAUGUAGAUUUAUAGUGAAGACUUAAUACAUGUCUGGUGCCUUUCUUGUGUUGUGAAAGGCAAGUAGAUGUUGUAGCCAUAGGUCUUUUUUUUAAUCCAUAGUUGAAUUGCACACUGACCUUAACUCUCUGUAUGUACCCUUGUUAUUCUGCAUGUUAAAGCUGGAAUUCUUGGGCGUGUAUGACAGACUACCCUGCUACAUCCUCAAUAUGUGAACAUUAGUGCAUAAACUCGAGUCCUUCUUUCUCAAGUGUUUUUGACAGAUCAUCUCAUAAAAAUAAUUCAGGAAGUCUGUGGGGAAAGUCCUUAUGUUUUACAAGAGCAGUUUCAAAAGUCUUCCUAAAACUUGGAUGGUAGAACCUAAUGGUUAUUUGGUGUCUAAUCGAGACAUUGCAAUUAAAUUAGAUAUUACCACCAUAUGUUUUAUUAAUCCAAAUUAUAUCGCAUGAGACUCUUUGGGUUUUCAGGGUUUCUCGAAAAAAAAAAGUGUAUCAUUUUGUUGCAUGUACUGUACGUUCAGAGGCAAUCAGUUGUAUACUCAAUAUGGUUUUACUGUGCCUUACCUGAAGAGAAACUACACAGAAUGUAUGACACGGGGUGGGGAACAGAGCCUCUCUACUGCACUGUUAGGUGAUAGCACACGGCAUGGCCCAGAGCAUUUCUGUGCUUAAUUACCCAACCAAAGAGAUCUAAAGUCUGUAUGUUGUACUGUAAUGGGGGUUAUGCCUGGACAAUUUAAGUGUUUUGUUUGUUUUCUGAAAUGAUGUGAACUUAUUUUUCUAAACACUAUGCUAAAUAAACUUUAUAUUUAUACAUA